CUCCUUGGCGCCCCCGGGUGGGGCAGGUCGAGCCCGGUGCGCUAUCCCUUUAAGCCCGGGCGAGAUGGGAGCUGUCAGCGACAGCCGAGGCUAGAGCGGGACGUCGCCGCCCGCCAGGCCAGAGGCAGGAGCCGCGGAGCGAGCGGAGAGCGGAGGUGGCGGCGGGGCCGGGCGCGGCAGGUCCCCUCGCCGCCCGCUGAGCUCUCGAACCCUGGGCCCGGCGAGGCGGGCGGCGCCCAGUGUAAUGCGGAGAAUGUGAGAGGCAGCGCAGGGCGGUGGGGAGGAGGGGGCGCGAGAGAGGGCGGCGGCAGGAUAGAGAGACAGCGGGAGAGAGAAAGGACAGGGAACGGGGAGCAGGUGGGAGAAAAGAGAAGAGAUAAAAGGAGAGGCAGGGACAGGAAAGGGGGGGGGGGCAGAAAGGAGUGAGAGAACACGCGGCACGGGCGGCGGCGCAGGCGAGGAGGAGGGGGCCGGCUUCUUCGGGUGGGAGCGCCCGAAGCCAGAGUUGGGCGCCCCGGCCGGGGUUCGGGAGGCGAGUACGGCCCGGCCGGACAUGGUGGGGGAGCGGGGAAGCCGGAGGGGCCCCCUCUGGAAGCGGCGGGGGACCUGAGGCGGGCCCGCCGGGAAAGGGACGCAGGGCCAGUCCGUAGGCCCCGAGGGCCGCGCUCCGGGGGCUCCGGCGGGCCGGGGCAAGGGGGCCUUUGUGAGCGCCCCAGGAGUGCGGAGCCCGGUGUGCGGCGGCGGGGAUGUGUGCGCGCCCGGGGCUGCGCGUGUGUGUGCGAGUGUGAGCGCCCGGGUGGGUGGGAGCGCGCGUUAGGGAUUCUGCUGGCAUCGCAGCGUGGAGAGCAGAAGGCAGGAGCGGGGCGCGCAGGGGAGCGCGGGGCCCUCCCGCGCACACGCACACGCCGCGCGCGCACACACAUACACACACGCACACGCACACGCCCUCCCUGCCUCGCUCGCUGCCGCUGCCACCAUCUCGGAGCCGAGCCCUGCGGAGCGGGAACCCGAGCCGGAGCGGGAACCGGAGUGGAGCAGAGCCGAGCCGGGGAAUGCGGGCCCGGAGCGGAGCGGCGCGCAAAGUGCGCGCCCGGGACGCCUCCUGUGUCCACAGGCUGUGAGGCUCCGCUGCCUACAGGCAAAGAGGGCAACUGAGCCAAUCCCAGGCUGACCCCAGCCCACUUGCAUUUCCCAAACGCCCGCCUGACCUGAGGGAUCCCAUGGCCAUGUCCUCGCUGCCUUGAGUCUGUGAGGCCAUACAGCCUCCCACCUGCGUCUAUAGGGCUCUGUCCCUGUGCAGCCCCUGGACCUGCUCCCGAGCCCACCCCUCAGCCCAGCCUGGGGACUCUGCAAGCUUUAGGACUCAGAGGGGCACAGUAGCAGUCACGUGCAUGCUGGAACUGCGACCGAGAGGCUGCUGCUCCCCAGGCCCCCAGACACUGAUCUGUUUGCCUCCCGGCGCCGUCUGACCCAGGUGAGCGAGAGGAUGCUGGCGGGGGGCGCGAGGAGCAUGCCCAGCCCCCUCCUGGCCUGCUGGCAGCCCAUCCUCCUGCUGGUCCUGGGCUCGGUGCUGUCAGGCUCAGCCACCGGCUGCCCGCCACGCUGCGAGUGUUCGGCACAGGACCGCGCGGUGCUCUGCCACCGCAAACGCUUCGUGGCAGUCCCCGAGGGCAUCCCCACCGAGACCCGCCUGCUGGACCUGGGCAAGAACCGCAUCAAGACGCUCAACCAGGACGAGUUCGCCAGCUUCCCGCACCUGGAAGAGCUGGAGCUCAACGAGAACAUCGUGAGCGCCGUGGAGCCCGGCGCCUUCAACAACCUCUUCAGCCUUCGGACGCUGGGGCUGCGCAGCAACCGGCUGAAGCUCAUCCCGCUGGGCGUGUUCACGGGCCUCAGCAACCUGACCAAGCUGGACAUCAGCGAGAACAAGAUCGUCAUCCUGCUGGACUACAUGUUCCAGGACCUGUACAACCUCAAGUCGCUGGAGGUGGGCGACAAUGACCUCGUCUACAUCUCUCACCGCGCCUUCAGCGGCCUCAACAGCCUGGAGCGGCUGACGCUGGAGAAGUGUAACCUGACCUCCAUCCCCACAGAGGCGCUGUCACACCUGCACAGUCUCAUUGUCCUCCGGCUCCGGCAUCUCAGCAUCAAUGCCAUCCGGGACUACUCCUUCAAGAGGCUGUACCGGCUCAAGGUCUUAGAGAUCUCGCACUGGCCCUACCUGGACACCAUGACCCCCAACUGCCUCUAUGGCCUCAACCUGACCUCCCUGUCCAUCACGCACUGCAACCUGACCUCCGUGCCCUACCUGGCUGUGCGCCACCUGGUCUAUCUCCGCUUCCUCAACCUCUCCUACAACCCCAUCAGCGCCAUCGAGGGCUCCAUGUUGCAUGAGCUGCUGCGGCUGCAGGAGCUCCAGCUGGUGGGUGGGCAGCUGGCCGUCGUGGAGCCCUAUGCCUUCCGCGGCCUCAACUAUCUGCGUGUGCUCAACGUCUCGGGCAACCAGCUGACGACUCUGGAGGAGUCGGCCUUCCACUCGGUGGGCAACCUGGAGACGCUCAUCCUGGACUCCAACCCGCUGGCCUGUGACUGUCGGCUGCUGUGGGUCUUCCGGCGCCGCUGGCGGCUCAACUUCAACCGGCAGCAGCCCACGUGCGCCACGCCCGAGUUCGUCCAGGGCAAGGAGUUCAAGGACUUCCCUGACGUGCUUCUGCCCAACUACUUCACCUGCCGCCGCGCCCGCAUCCGGGACCGCAAAGCCCAGCAGGUGUUUGUGGACGAGGGCCACACGGUGCAGUUUGUGUGCAGGGCGGAUGGCGACCCGCCACCUGCCAUCCUCUGGCUGUCACCCCGCAAGCACCUGGUCUCGGCCAAGAGCAACGGGCGGCUCACCGUCUUUCCCGACGGCACGCUGGAGGUGCGCUACGCCCAGGUGCAGGACAACGGCACAUACCUGUGCAUCGCAGCCAACGCUGGGGGCAACGACUCCAUGCCCGCCCACCUGCACGUGCGCAGCUACUCGCCCGACUGGCCCCAUCAGCCCAACAAGACCUUCGCUUUCAUCUCCAACCAGCCGGGCGAGGGAGAGGCCAACAGCACCCGAGCCACCGUGCCUUUCCCCUUCGACAUCAAGACCCUCAUCAUCGCCACCACCAUGGGCUUCAUCUCCUUCCUGGGCGUCGUCCUCUUCUGCCUGGUGCUGCUGUUCCUCUGGAGCCGGGGCAAGGGCAACACGAAGCACAACAUCGAGAUCGAGUACGUGCCCCGCAAGUCGGACGCGGGUAUCAGCUCUGCUGAUGCGCCCCGCAAGUUCAACAUGAAGAUGAUCUGAGGAUGGGGCAGGGGGGCAGGGACCCCCGGGGCAGGCCGGGCAGGGGAAGGGGCCUGGCUGCUGUGCUCGCUCCUUGGGCCUUCCCGCCUCCCCUCCCCGCCCAGGCCCUACACACACACACACACACACACACACACACACACACACCCCUGUUCCCUGCGGCUCCCCUCCUCCGCCCCCUCCGCCGGCCCUCACCACUUGCCCUCUGCCUACCAGGACCUCCGCAGGCCAGGCCUGGGGACCCCACCUGCACAGGGGCACACGUUGACAGACUGGAGUCGGAAGCCGACAGACCGACACGUGGCACAGUCAAUAAUUCAAUUAAAAAAAAAGUUACGAACUUCCUCUGUAACUUGGGUUUCAAUAAUUAUGGAUUUUUAUGAAAACUUGAAAUAAUAAAAAGAGAAAAAAAAACUAUUUCCUAUAGCUAGUCGGAAUGCAAACUUUUGACGUCCUGAUUGCUCCAGGGCCCUCUUCCAACUCAGUUUCUUGUUUUUCUCUUCCUCCUCCUCCCCCCCUUCCUCCUCCUCUUCCUCCUUUCUCUUCUCUUCCCCUAUGGGGAGGGAUCACUCAGGAAAACAGGAAAGGAGGCUCCGGCCCCACCUGCCCGGGCAGCUGACAGGAGUAGGCAGGGGAGGCAGGUGCGAGCUGGCUCUGGGCUGGCCAUUAGCAGGUAGCAGGUGGAGGAGAGAUAGGGCUGCCUGAUGGGGGUGGAGGCUGUUGGCCAAGAUGCCAGGAAGUGCUACUGCCAGGGGUCGGGGGCCUGGCUCGUGUGUGGCUGAGACUCUGGACAGGGGCUGGGGUCCUCCUGGAGGACAGCAUAGUCGGUGGAGAGAGCCAGGGGCUGGAGGCGGGACUGAGGCCUAACCUCUGGUCCCAGCUCUGCCGCUGACCUACUGUGUGGCUUCAGACAGGUUGCUGACCCUCUCUGGGCCUCAGUCUCCACAUUGUACAAAUGGAAAACGUGACUCCCCGCCCUGCCUACCUCACAGGGCUGUUGUGAGGAAUUGAUGAGAUGAUGUAUGUGAAACACUUUGUAACCUGUAAAGCGCUGUGCACAUGUG